AUGGAAACGCGCAGCCGCAAGCGGGCGGAGGCCUCCUCUUCUUCCGCGACCUCCUCCUCCCGCUCCUCCAAGCGCUCGCGGCCCAACCCUAACCCUAACCCUAACCCUCCCGCCGCCUCCUCCCCCGCCCCCAACCCCGUGCCGUUGCCACCACGCACCCGCCGCUCGGCCGGUGUCAACCCCCGCCCCGCUAUGGACUCCUCGGGCGACAACAACUCCAAUCCCAACCCGCCGCCGCGGCGCCGCGGCCGCACCUCCAACGCAGAUAAGGGUAAGGAGCAGCAGCAGCCGGAGCCCUCUCACAGCUCCCGAGUGCGCGAGGCCGAGCGCUUGCUGGGCCUAGGUUUCGAGGGAAUUGAGGAUGACGACGAUGCGGGGUUCGGGGCUGGGGCCAUCCCCCACAGCCUGACUUCUGCGAGCACCGCGCUCCAGGGGCUGCUUAGGAAACUUGGUGCUGGCCUGGACGAUAUACUGCCGUCGUCAGCACUGUCAGCUGCAGCCGCAGCUGCAGCCGCGUCAUCGUCAUCAGCAUCCGGGCAGCUGAGUGGGAGGUUGAAGAAGAUUCUUGCGGGGUUGCGUGCUGAUGGAGAGGAUGGGCGGCAGGUCGAGGCGUUAACACAACUCUGUGAGAUGCUGUCCAUUGGCACAGAAGAGUCUCUUGGGGCAUUCUCGGUGGACUCAUUUGUCCCUGUCCUGGUCGGGCUGCUCAAUCACGAGAGCAACCCAGACAUCAUGCUGCUCGCAGCACGAGCCCUAACUCACCUCUGUGAUGUGCUGCCGUCUUCUUGCUCUGCAGUUGUGCAUUAUGGUGCUGUGCCUUGCUUUUGUGCCCGGCUUCUCACCAUUGAAUACAUGGACUUGGCGGAGCAGUCAUUGCAAGCUCUUAAAAAAAUAUCCCUGGAGCAUCCAACUGCCUGCUUGCGGGCUGGUGCCCUAAUGGCAGUCCUAUCAUACCUUGACUUUUUCUCCACAGGUGUUCAGAGAGUUGCAUUAUCUACAGCUGCUAAUAUGUGUAGGAAACUUCCUUCUGAUGCAUCAGAUUUUGUAAUGGAAGCGGUUCCACUUCUUACUAAUCUACUGAACUACCAUGAUUCAAAAGUUCUGGAGCAUGCUUCUGUCUGCCUUACCCGUAUUGCAGAAGCUUUUUCACCAUUUCCAGAAAAAUUGGAUGAGUUGUGCAAUCAUGGAUUGGUUGCACAAGCUGCUAGCUUAGUAUCUGUUAGCAACUUAGCAGGACAGGCAUCCUUGAGUACAUCGACAUAUACGGGUGUGAUUCGUCUUCUCUCAAUAUGCGCAAGUGGAUCAUCUCUGGCAGCUAAAACACUUCUCCUUCUUGGAAUUAGUGGCACACUUAAAGAUAUCCUUUCAGGCUCUGGGUUGGUUGCUGGCACAACUGUGUCCCCUGCUUUAACAAGACCAGCUGAUCAGAUGAAUGAGAUUGUGAAGCUUGCAGAUGAGUUACUUCCUCCUCUGCCUGUUGGGACCAUUUCUUUACCGAUGUAUUCCGAUGUUCACAUGAAAGGUUCUUCUGUAAAGAAAUCCACUUCUAGUAAGCAGAGUGAACAUGGUUCAACAGGAAAUGAACUAUCAGGUCGGGAGAAGUUAUUGCGUGGUCAGCCUGAACUUCUGCAGCAAUUUGGUAUGGACCUGUUACCUACCAUGACACAGGUGUAUGGCUCUAGCGUAAGUGGACCAAUACGCCACAAGUGCUUAUCUGUCAUUGGGAAAUUAAUGUACUUUAGCUCAGCCGAGAUGAUCCAGUCUCUCCUUAGCACGACAAACAUUUCCAGCUUUUUAGCUGGCAUUUUAGCUUGGAAAGAUCCACAAGUGCUGAUCCCUGCUCUUCAGAUAGCAGAAGUUUUAAUGGAAAAGCUUCCAGAGAUAUUUGUGAAGAUGUUUGUGAGGGAAGGCGUUGUUCAUGCUGUUGAGUCACUUAUAUGCCCAGAGUUCACUGGUCAAGUGACCCCUCAAGUGUCACAGCUGGACAAUCAUGUGGAUUCCAUUACAUCUUCACAAAAUAGGCGCAACCGCCGGCGAAAUAAUGCUGUGAAUACUGAAAACAGCUUGCCUGAUGGAUCAAAAGGUUCCCAUUCUGUGAUUGCCAAUUCACCACCGAGCAUGGCUGAAGUUCCAAAUAAUAGUCUCCGUGCUUUAGUUAGUAAUCAUGCAAAGUCAUUUAAGGAUAAGUAUUUCCCUUCAGAGCCUGGCUCUAGUGACAUUGCAGUUACUGAUGAUCUCCUUAAACUGAGGGCACUUUGUGCAAAACUGAAUACAACAGCUGACACUAUCAAAACAAAAGCUAAAGGAAAAUCAAAGGCUGUAGUAGGCAAUAGCUUUGAUGUGUUAUGCAAUAUUGAGGAGCAAUUGGAUGGUAUAAUAGCUGAAAUGUUGUCUGAGCUUAGCAAGGGGGAUGGCGUUUCAACAUUUGAGUUCAUCGGAAGUGGAGUUGUUACAGCUUUGCUAACCUAUCUGUCAUGUGGAACAUUUGGGAGGGAAAAGGUGUCUGAAGCAAACAUACCAAAUUUGCGUCAUCAAGCAGUCAGACGAUACAAGGCAUUUAUAUCUCUUGCCCUUCCAAAUGAUAAAAGUGGGAAUAGAACUCCUAUGGCAUUCCUAGUCCAUAAACUGCAAAGUGCCCUCUCUUCGUUGGAACGUUUCCCAGUUGUGCUUAGCCAUUCUGGAAGAGUGCCGACUUUGGGAGGAUCCCGCCUGACGACAGGCUUAGCUCUGUCACAGCCCUUCAAAUUGUGUCUUUGUCGAGCGCCUGGUGAAAAGUCACUUAAGGAUUAUUCAUCCAAUAUUGUUCUUAUUGACCCAUUAGCAAGUCUGGCAGCUGUUGAAGAUUUUCUUUGGCCUAGAGUCCAGCGCACGGAGCCAGUCUCGAAGCCUCCAGUCUCAUCUGCAAAUAAUUCUGAAUCCGGAGCAGCAAGUUCCACUGCGCCUUCAAUUCCGCCAGGAAUUCAAUCUGGCCGUCGAGCAUCAUUAAGAUCACAGUCAUCAGCUACCACUAGUGGUGCAAUUAAGAAGGAUUAUCAGGAGGGAAGCAUAAACACAUCAAAGGGAAAAGGAAAAGCUGUUCUUAAAUCGAGUUUGGAUGAAUCUAAAGGCCCACAUACUAGGAAUGCUGCACGAAGAAAAGCUGCUUCAGAGAAAGAUGUUGAACUGAAACCAUCACAUGGUCACAACACUUCAGAGGAUGAAGAUCUUGAUGCUUCUCCAGUUGAGAUUGGUGAUGCUUUAAUGCUUGAUGACGACGACGAGGAUGUCUCCGAGGAUGAAGAUGAUGAUCAUGAGGCGGUUCUCCGAGGGUCUCUUCCUUCCUGUGUUCCUGAGAGAGUGCAUGAUGUGAAAUUAGGAGCUGCUGAUGAUAACCAGGCACAGCCCUCAUCUGGUUCCAGUACAAAAAAUACUUCUGGCAGGGGAUUGGAUGCUGCUGAAUUUAGAAGUCCAAGCACAUUUGGUUCACGGGGUGCAAUGUCAUUUGCUGCAGCUGCAAUGGCUGGAUUAACUUCAGUAGGUAGUCGUGGUAUUAGAGGUAGCCGAGAUCGGAAUGGCCUUCCAUUGGGUGCUCGUACAACCGAGCGUCACAACAAAUUGAUAUUUACAGCUGGUGGGAAGCAGCUUAACAAACAUUUGACUGUAUAUCAAGCUGUUCAAAGGCAAGUAGUUCAUGAUGAGGAUGAUGAAGAUCGGUUAGGUGGAUCCGAUUUACCCGAUGAUGGUAACCACUUCUGGGGUGAUGUAUUCACUAUAACAUAUCAGAAGGCUGAUAACACAGCGGAGAAGGGGUCUGUUGGAGGUUCAGCUUCAGUGCCAAAACCUUCUAAAUCAGAUUCUUGCAGAACUUUGUCUGAAAAAUCGUGCACUUCUCUUCUUGAUAGUAUUUUGCAAGGAGAGCUUCCCUGCGAUUUAGAGAAAUCAAACCAAACCUACAAUAUCUUAUCACUAUUACGUGUGUUGGAGGGCUUGAAUCAGUUAUCUCCUCGCCUGAAACUGCAGGCAGCCUGUGAUGAUUUUGCUGAAGGAAAAGUUGCUACGUUGGAUGGGCUAUACGAUGUUGGAGCUAAGGUACCCUCAGAGGAGUUUGUCAACAGUAAGAUGACCCCAAAACUUGCUCGGCAAAUUCAGGAUGUUCUUGCACUGUUUAGUGGCAGUUUACCAUCUUGGUGUUAUCAGCUGACGAAAGCUUGUCCUUUCCUGUUUCCUUUUGAAACACGAAGACAAUACUUCUAUUCCACAGCUUUUGGGUUGUCUCGUGCACUGCAUCGUCUUCAGCAACAACCGGGUGAUAAUACUAACACUGCUUUUGAAAGAGAAGUCAGGGUUGGUAGACUGCAACGCCAGAAAGUCCGUGUUUCUCGUAACCGUAUCUUGGAUUCUGCGGCUAAAGUUAUGGAGAUGUUCUCUAAUCAGAAGGCUGUCCUAGAAGUUGAAUACUUUGGUGAAGUUGGAACUGGACUUGGUCCAACUUUGGAGUUUUAUACUCUCUUAAGCCGUGAGCUGCAAAGGGUUGACUUAGGAUUAUGGAGAUCUCAUUCUCCAGAUGAUUCUGGCAUGCAAAUUGAUGGAAAUGCUGAUGAUUUAACAGAUGAAAAGCGUGAAUCAGAAUCACUUGUUGAGAGCAGGAACAUAGUACAAGCACCUCUUGGUUUAUUUCCUCAGCCUUGGCCACCUAGUGCUGCUGCAUCAGAAGGUAGCAAAUUCUUCAAAGUUGUCGAGUAUUUCCGCUUAGUUGGUCGAACGAUGGCAAAAGCAUUGCAAGAUGGAAGGCUUCUUGAUUUGCCUUUGUCGACAGCAUUUUACAAACUUCUGCUUGGACAAGAACUUGAUUUGUAUGAUAUAUUAUCUUUUGAUACUGGGUUUGGAAAGACAUUGCAAGAACUGCAAAUUCUCGUUGCACGUAAACAAUUUCUUGAGUCCUGCUCUAGUGAGAGCCAAAAAAUAGAAGAAUUAUGUUUCCGUGGUGCUCCCAUUGAAGAUUUAUGUUUGGACUUUACUCUUCCGGGCUAUCCCGAUUAUGUUCUCAAGGAAGGUGGAGAGAAUGCAGUGGUCAACAUUUAUAACUUAGAAGAGUAUAUUUCUUUGGUUGUGGAUGCUACUGUUAAGACCGGAAUAAUGCGGCAAGUAGAGGCAUUGAAGGCAGGAUUCAAUCAGGUGUUUGACAUAUCAUCACUCCAAAUAUUUUCUCCUCAAGAACUUGAUUAUCUGAUUUGUGGUCGCCGUGAACUUUGGGAGCCGGAAACACUGCCUGAACAUAUAAAAUUCGACCAUGGUUAUACCUCUAAGAGUCCUGCAAUUGUCAAUUUUCUUGAGAUCAUGGCAGAAUUUACUCCUGAGCAGCAACAUGCUUUCUGCCAGUUCGUGACUGGUGCUCCUCGGCUUCCACCUGGCGGUUUGGCUGCCCUAAAUCCUAAGUUGACUAUUGUUAGGAAGCACUCAUCUGUGGCAAAUAAUACUUCAAAUCCAACUGGAGCGACAGAGUCUGCAGAUGAUGAUUUGCCUAGUGUCAUGACUUGUGCCAACUAUCUUAAACUGCCACCAUACUCCACCAAGGCUAUCAUGUUAAAGAAACUGCUUUAUGCGAUCAACGAAGGCCAAGGGUCAUUUGAUCUUUCGUGA